AUGCUUAGAAGACACGGAUUCCUCUGGUUAAAGACAUGUCCCCGUCCAAAUGUUCUUCGAAAACAAUUCGUACCGGUACCACAUUUACUUCAUAGUACUAAUAUCUGUCAGCAAAGAUGGUAUGCAAAGAGGAGAAAAAGAAGCGAGGUUUCGAAGAAAGAGCUGAGGUCUCUCGAUUUUUCCAUUCCAAACUAUAUAUCUGUAAAUAAAUUAGCCAAUUUGAUAAACUGUCGUGUGGAAAAGUUAAUCAAAGAUUUGACAGCAUUAGGUUUCGAAAAUAUUACAGCAACCUAUAUAUUAUCAAAAGAGUACGUCGAACUGAUCUUGCAAGAAUACAAUUUUGCCCUUCCGAGUCUCUCAACAUCUACGAACUUAGAUAAUAUCUAUGACGAGCUGAAAUCCCCCAUUAAUCCAAAAUUAUUAACUAAGAGGCCUCCUGUGGUGACUAUAAUGGGUCAUGUUGAUCAUGGUAAAACAACUAUCAUAGACUAUCUACGAAAAUCCUCUGUUGUUGCUCAGGAACAUGGUGGAAUUACACAACACAUCGGUGCCUUUCAAAUAACAACCCCAAAGUCAGGUAAACGGAUUACAUUUUUAGAUACACCUGGUCAUGCAGCCUUUUUGAAAAUGAGGGAAAGGGGUGCCAAUAUUACCGAUAUUAUUGUCUUAGUGGUAUCUGUUGAAGACUCUGUUAUGCCCCAGACAUUGGAAGCUAUAAAACAUGCUAAGAAAUCAGGGAACGAACUGAUAAUCGCAAUAACAAAAAUAGAUAGAAUUCCACAGGCAAAGGAACGUGAAAGAAAAAUUGAAAAAGUUAUCAAUGAUUUGAUUCUUCAAGAUAUUCCAGUGGAGAAAAUUGGCGGAGACGUUCAAGUGGUCCCAAUAAGUGCCAGAACUGGUGAAAAUAUGGAUCUUUUAGAAGAAUCAAUUGUGCUAUUAAGUGAGGUGAUGGAUAUAAGGUCCGAAAACUCCCCUAAAAGUAUUGCAGAGGGUUGGAUUAUUGAAAGUCAAGUAAAAAAACAAGUCGGAAAUGUGGCUACUGUUCUAGUUAAGAAGGGCACCCUCCAGAAAGGAAAAAUUCUAAUUUGUGGUAACACAUUUUGCAAGAUUAAAAACCUAAUCGAUGACAAGGGUACACCGAUUUCUAAGGCAACACCGUCAUAUGCCACAGAGGUUCUUGGUUGGAAAGAUGUCCCUCACGUUGGAGAUGAGGUUAUUCAAGUAAAGACAGAAGCAAUUGCUAAAAAGUUCAUAAGCAAAAGGCAAGAUCUUGUUGAAGCACAAAAAAACUCCACAAUCGUUGAGAAAUUAAAUGAAGAAAGGGCUUUUGCAAAGGAACACCACUUUAACAAGGAUAAAACUGAAGAAUUAGAUUAUGAGGACGCUGCACAGGAUCAUGAACAAAAUGCUGGCCCUAAGAAUAUCAAUUAUAUCAUAAAAUGUGAUGUUUCUGGCUCAGCUGAGGCAGUUUCAGAGAGUAUUUCCUCGUUGGGAAACGACGAGGUGAAGUGCAAUGUCAUCUCAUCUUCUGUUGGUAUACCUACGGAAGGUGACUUAAAGAUGGCGCAAAUAACAGACGGUACAAUUCUAUGUUUCAACUUGGGUAAUUUGCCAAGUGAGGUAAUCAACAAUCGGGCUGGAAUCAAAAUAAAACAAUACAAUGUUAUUUAUAAGCUAAUUGAAGACGUAACUGAAACACUAACUCAGAACCUUGAACCUAUCUUUGAGAAAAAAAUCAUUUCAACAGUUGAUAUUCGUGAAAUUUUUGACUUCAAAUUAAAGAAAAAAGUUAUUAAGAUUGCAGGUUGCAAAGUAAAUAAUGGUAUCAUCAAAAAGGACUCGUUAGUUCAAGUAGUUCGGGGUCCCAACGAUGACAUCAUUUUUGAUGGAACAAUCUCAACUCUGAAACACAAUAGAGAUGAUGUAGCAGAAGUUUCAAAGGGACAUGAAUGUGGGAUUACUUUUGAAAAUGGAUUUGAAGGUUUUCAAUCCGGUGAUAAAAUUCUUGUUUAUGAAAAUGUGAGAGUUCCCCGUUACUUGUAA